AUGUCGGAACAUAUUUACAGGCGCACCAUAGGCGGAUACGUGGCUCGCACGUGUCCACUCCAAUCGGCUGAUCCCGCACGACAACUCCGACCCAAAUGCGAUCGGUACGGCUGCCUCAUUCCCUUGGUGCCCCAGUCUUCCGGUCUAAGAGCUCGGUCGAUCACCAAACUUGGCUAUGACUCUUGCCAGAUGCCCAUGAUUUUGCGACAGCGAUGCCCCUCCUGCACAUAUAGAGAGGUGCCAGAUAUGUGCUGCAAAAGGGUCUCUAAGUUCCCAAAUCCCUGCCUAUACGAAGAGAUGGACAAGCAUCACAAGAGGCUCUAUGGAGAGCACAUCUACCGCUUUGAAGGCGCCUGUCGGUUUUAA